AUGGAUCCUGCACAAGAAAUUGAAUUAUCUGCCCUGGCUCGUCAGAAACCAAUGAACGACGUAAUAGAUAUUGGCGAUUCACCUGUGCAGCUGUUUUACGAAGGCGCUACGGUAUUCGUAACUGGUGGGUCCGGCUUCAUUGGAAAACAACUAAUUGAGAAACUGUUCAGGUCAUGCGCCAUAGAAAAACUGUACCUGCUUAUUCGUCCGAAAAAAUCGAUGACUAUUCAAGAAAGACUCAAUCAGAUGUUACAAAACCCAGUGUACGAUCUAUUACGAACGAAAAAGCCGGAGUUUGCUGACAAAAUUAUCCCAGUUGAAGGAAAUAUUAAUGAAAUCAGACUGGGGCUUAGCGAAAAAGACUGGAGUAUGCUCACAGACGAGGUAAAUAUCAUAUUCCAUGUUGCUGCUACUAUACGCUUCGAUGAAAAACUACGUAAAGCGACACUUACCAACAUCCGGAGUUCUAGGGAGGCACUGGAACUGGCCCGAAGUUGCAAAAACCUGAAGUAA